CAAUAUGGGAUGGGCUUCCUAGCUUUGUGAUCACUAGGAUGGCCUCAAUGAAAUGCAAGGCAGUUUCUGGAUCCUUGAGGUUUCACAUUGGUCUACUGCCCUAUGCCAGUACCCCUUUAUUGAGGGUUGACUUGAUGUUGAUAUCUGCUGCUAUUGCACCAUCACUUAAGAAAUUACUGCAAAGCAAGGGACAUGAUGUGGAAGUGCAUAUACAGCUCAAGAAUGCUUUGCAUCCCAAAUGGGCACACACUACAGCUGAAGCAAUGCUGCAAAUGUCGAGAAUUAUGCACUUGGAUGAGGCUGAACUCUAUUUUUGCGAGGAUGAUAGCUGUUCACCCAUGGGAUACUACACCCAGAAAAAUGAACUGGAAGCUCUAAAUUCUAUGCUUUCUCAUGUCAAUAGCUCGUUUCUGGAUGAUACUUGCUCUCACAAGGACGUCCUGCAAGAUUUGCGGGAAGCAAUUAUUCAGCUGAUCUGUGACUUUGGGGAAAAGAACAUUACAGAAACCAGAGUCAUCAACUCCCAGAAUUGUGACAAGGAAAACUUUCUAUUACAGUGGGCUGCUAUCAUGCAGUAUGGCAAAGUUGAUUCUGCAACAAACACAUUAAAGUUCCGCAUGUCAAGACCAUGUCACGCAGGAGAACAGUUCUAUCUUAUUUGCGGGAACUUCUCCAGUUUGCAUCUAAUUACCUUUUAUGGAUUCAUGCCUCAAAUGGAUAACCCAUAUGACGUCGUCCAACUGGGCAAUUCCAAUUUCAUCAUAUUCAUUUGGGAUGAAAUGUUGUAUUUCUUGGACAAUAUGCAGAAUAGUUCUAUUCCAAACGAAACAGGAUAUAUAGAUGGUUCUCAGGAUGUUUGUUCUGAUGAAUUGGACGCAUCCAGUGGCACAACUCAUAUGGUGAGGGGUACUUGGUUUUCAGACAACCAUAGCAACUUCCAUUAUGGCUUGCCAGUUCCAUUGCUGACCCAUUUUAGAAGAGCUCGGGAGGAUUUCCUGGAUGCUGAUUCUCCUCUGCAGGAGAAGCUAAAGAUAGAAAUUGAGGUUCUUGAGGACCUCUCCUUGACUUUCAGUGGGAUGAUGGAAAACCUUGGUGAGGUGGAUAGUGUGUCCGGGGAGAAAAUGGAUUGGGAUGUGAAGCUUGCGGUGGAGUACAGAAAUCUUCAGAGGAUGAUUUCCUUGAUCUUGAGCUCAUGUUAUGCCAGUCGCAAGUUGGUUGAGGACGACCGUUGUAAAUCGAUAGCCAAGGACAACAGUAGCCCUUUUUAGUGGAGAGGAAUUGCUUGAAUUUGAAAGCGUCGCUCUUUACAAACUGAGCCUUGUCUUCAUAUCAGAGAAAAGUGGAGGUCGGAACCUAAGGCUGACCUUGUGAGGAUCUGGCAAUGAUUUCAUGUCUCAUGCCUCAUACGGUCAUUGUUCAGCACACCUUCUGAGCUACCAGUCUCUGUGUCUCGAGCAGUAAAUUAUUGCAUAUGGAGCUCAUGGUAGUCAGCACGAAGGCUUGAGUUUUUGGCGAUCUUCUCCAGAUGUCUGGUAAAUGAAGAUGUGUUGCUCGGGAGCUUUUCAUCUGUAAAACUACAGAGUUUUUGGUGACUGUAAAAAUAAGCAGGAUAUGCACAUUCGACCAGUUUUGUCCUCUCCAUGUGCUCUAGUUUAAAGUCGUACCCACACCCAUCUGAAGAUCUUCCUCUCGAGCAAGGUCUCUCCAUUAUUUUCACCAUGGAUGUUCUCUUUGUUGACUGAAGAGUAUCACCUCGAAUUAUUUCUUGAAUGGUCGACAGCGGAAGCUAAAGCAGUGCUCUCGACAUCGGAGGUCCGAAGAUUAUGCAGGUUAGAACAAGAAAUGCCGGAGACAUUGCUGAAAAGAUGGACUGGGAAGAGUCUCCGGAAGAUGGGAGAGGUCCGAAGAUUAUGCAGGUUAGAACAAGAAAUGCUGGAGACAUUGCUGAAAAGAUGGACUGGGAAGAGUCUCCGGAAGAUGGGAAGUACAAUAACAGACAUGGUGUACAAAAAUAACUAAGGAACUUCUUCUCAGAGAUGGCAGCCAUAACUUAUUAAGGGAGACUGUAAUGUUUUGACCGACUCUUCAGGAUCAGUUGUUAAGGGAUAGGUAAAAAAAUCUGAUAAUUCACGCAUUAAGAAAAUAAUUCUCUUUGAAUUUUUU